AAAAAAAAAAAAUUUUUUUUUUUUUUUUUUUUUCUUACUUGAACCUUUCUUGGUUCACCCUUCAAACUUUGGUGACUUUCCUUCUUCUGAUCAAACUAAGAAAACCUUUUCUUCUACUUUUUUUAUUACGUGCUCGGUUUAUAAAGUGAAGUAUGGUUAGUCCAACAACUGCGCAACCUGACAAUAAUCUCGCUGGUUCUAGUGUUGGCGGUGUUAAUCUGAUCAAACCUACCGGUACAAAAAUUAAAAGUGAUUUGGAAACUAAUGGAUCAAAUAUAAUUCGAUCUUCUGUUCGACAACCGUCAGAGCAAGUUAAAGAAACUGUACAACAUAAUAAUGAGAAUCAAAACUAUAUAGAAAAUGAAACAACAUCAAAAAAAAUAAUACCUCCUCCGGCUCCAAUACCGCCUGUAAACGUGUGGAAGGCAAGGAUGAGUGCCCAAAAGUCGACGGAUUCCCCAGUUUCCAAUGAUAAAAAUGAUAAAGAAAAAGAUGUAAUAGUUGAUAGUCGUAAAAGAACAGACAAUCAAGAUAAUGAUCACAAUGAGUCUUUUGAUGAUUCUAGAAAAUAUAAUAAAAAAGAUUCAAGGAGAACGAAAUCUUCACCAAUAUUACCACCAUUGGAAGAUCAAACAAGCUGGCCUGCUCCCGCCGAAGUUUUAAUUAAAGAUAAAGAAAAGGAAACGGUCGAUUCUUCGGAAAAGAAACAAAUUAAUGACUCCAAUGCCAAAAAAGAAGAGAGUUCUUCUAAAAAAGGCAAAGAUAAAUGGGUACGGUAUAUACCGAAUAUUACUCACAAUACUCCAUUACCCGGUCAUGAACGAUCAAAACCUUCUCGUCGUCGUAGUGAAGAUCACGUUGGUCUUCGAGAACAUCGAAAAUCAAAUGAUAGGCCUAAUAAUAAUAAUAAUAAUUCUGAAGCAGAACAUAAUCAAUCACCCAGAAAUACUAGUCCUAGUAGACGUCGUGCUAGUGUACCUCCACCAACAAGGGAUUAUACACGUCGUUAUUCACAGUCAAAUGAUAAUAAUGGGCAAAUUGGUCAUCACAUUAAUACUAAUUCACAUUUUCGUGGUGGAAGAAGAGGAAGAGGCCGUUCUUAUAAUGGCGGACGCGGACAUCCACGUUCAGCAACAAUAUCAUACUCAACAGGAUAUGGACAUCAUAAUAAUGGACAUCAUGGUCAACACGGUAACAAUAAUCACCAUGGUCAUCAUGGUACACAACAGUAUAACAAUUUAUAUGGAUCAAAAGUCGGCGUCGUCUAUGAUGUCACAUUCCUAAAAUACUAUAUUUUACAACAAAUAGAAUAUUAUUUUAGUAUUGAAAAUCUCUGCAAAGAUAUAUAUUUACGAAGUAAUAUGGACUCUGAAGGUUAUGUGCUUAUUUCCUUGUUAGCCGGUUUUAAUCGUGUAAAGGCUUUGACGAUGGAUGAAAAACUUGUCCGUGAGGCGCUCCUCAUUAGCUACACUGUAGAGGUUAACGGUGACAAGGUUAGAAAGAGAGAUGGUUGGAAAAUUUGGCUCUUACCGAAACAAAACGAUUUGCCCGAGGAUGGUGAACAACAAUUUUCAGAGCAAACAAUGAUGGAUACUUCAAAUAUUCAUAAUCAACAUGAGAUUAUUGUAGAAGAAAACAAUUUAUUACAAGAUGAAGAUGAAAACAAGGAAAACCAGGAAAUGCCAACUAUUCCGGAAGGAAAUUCCGAAGACAAUUCUACUAAUACUGUUAAUACUUGGAUUUCUCAAACAAAAAAACGUUCGCCUCAUAUGACACCAAAAUCUCCCCGUGACUCUCCAAAGCAAACUUCCGUUAUUGUUGAUGAGGAGCUUUUCCAAUUUGAUGAAGAUUGGAACGGUGAUUCGGGGAAUAAUAUUCAAAAAUAUUAUGCAACCUCAGAUGAAGAGGAUGAAGACGAUGAUGAAGUUGAUGAUGAUACUGUAGAAAGUAUCAUAAUUGUUACACAGAAAAGGAGGGAUAAAUUGAACGAAGAAGUCAUUGAAAUAAUCAAUGAGGGCCUACAUCACUACGAACAUGACUUACGCAAAAAACAAGUUAAUAGUACUUCUGGUAAUCGUAAAGCAGAUAUAAUUAGUGAAGAAACAAAGUCACAAGAAGGCACACCAAGUUUAAAUUCUGAGACAAAUCACUCGAAUAAAGUUACAUCAGAAAAUGACAAAAAAAGCAAGAAAAAACCGGCGCGUUUCUGGCCUGUUAAAGGUACCCCGCAGCUUCCACUUGGUGCAAAUGCUAAGACUAACCAUAGACACAUACCUGAUACACGUCAAUAUUAUGCUCAGGAUGCUGUCGGUUGGGUACUUGGGGAUCAUCUUUCCGAGGGAUCAUCGCCACUCGCAAAUGGCUCACCUCUUAUCAAUAAUAAUUGUUCUUCAAAUGAACAAUUAUCAUCUUCGGCAGAUUUGGCACGUUCGUUCCCUACUUUUCAACAUCCGAGUCAUGAAUUAUUAAAGGACAAUGGAUUUAUCCAACAAAAGUACUCUAAAUACCAUAUUAAGGCUUUGAAAGAACGCAAACGACAGGGAAUCGGACAAUCACAAGAGAUGAAUACUCUCUUUAGAUUUUGGUCUCAUUUCUUGCGAGAACAUUAUAACAAACGUAUGUACUCCGAGUUUAAGAAACUCGCGGUUGAAGAUGCUAAUUCUAAUUAUCGUUAUGGCCUGGAAUGUUUAUUCCGGUUUUACUCUUAUGGUCUUGAGAAAAAGUAUCGCCAAGACGUAUUUGAUGAUUUCCAGGAACUGACAUUAAAUGAUCACAAGAAUGGUCGUCUUUAUGGCAUCGAGAAAUUCUGGGCUUAUUUAUAUUAUAGAAAAGAUAAGAAUAAGAGAAAGAUCGAAGUAUGUGAUCAAUUAAAGAAAACAUUAGAAAAAUUUAAGGAUAUUGAUGAUUUUAGAAUUGCUCAAAAGUCAACGCAUCCUAGUUCAAUGAACAACUUUUAUACGAUACCUAAUCAUCAUCAUGUCAAUCAUGCAACAACAACAUCACUGUCAUCUCCCUUAAAUAACUCGAACACUAUGGAUAAUUUUCCACCUGUGGCAUUAGCCACUUCACGAUAGACUCAUUAAGACAAAGUAUUAAUUAGACAAAAGGUUAAUGGGAAAUGAUAAUGGGAUGAGAAGAGUUGUUUUUUUUGUAUUAUAGCAAUUAAUGAAUGUGGCGGGUAAAUUGGCGUUAAGUCUCUAAUUCAAAUUGCAACUUAUUUUAUUUUGUUUAUGAUUGACUUUGCCAUAAAAGCAAUAAUAAUAAUCAUAGUUUAUAUGUUGCAUAUUUUAAAUAUUUUAUUAUUUUUUUGUUUAUUGUAGUUUCUUAUUUGCAAAUUAUUUGGGUUUAUCAUCUCGAGAAUUUUAUUAUAUUCGGUUCUUGUAUUUAGUUUUUUUUUUUUU